ACUCUUUCCGGUUCGAGUAGCAGCCAUCUUGAUUUCCUUGCUAGCUAAAUAAAAUAAAUAAUACGCUGAGCCGGACUUCACUUCGAACCCGUAAAACAAACAAGGUAGAGGAUGUCCGCAGAUGCUUUUGGAGCUGGGGGCAGCGAUGCCCAGCAAACCCUGCAGUCCUUCUGGCCUCGUGUCAUGGAGGAGAUCAGGAACCUGACUGUGAAGGAUUUCCGUGUGCAGGAGCUGCCUCUUGCCCGAAUCAAGAAAAUCAUGAAGCUGGAUGAGGAUGUCAAGAUGAUCAGUGCAGAGGCUCCGGUCCUGUUUGCCAAGGCAGCUCAGAUCUUCAUCACAGAGCUCACCCUCAGAGCGUGGAUCCACACUGAGGACAACAAAAGACGCACGCUACAGAGGAAUGACAUCGCCAUGGCAAUAACAAAGUUUGACCAGUUUGACUUCCUGAUUGACAUUGUGCCCCGGGACGACCUGAAGCCACCUAAACGACAGGAGGAGAUGCGUCAGUCAGUCGCUCCAGCAGAGCCGGUGCAGUACUACUUCACUUUGGCGCAGCAACCUGGAGCUGUACAGGUGCAGGGCGCGCAACAGGGCCAGCAGCCCGGUGCACAAACAGCCACGACCAUCCAGCCUGGACAGAUCAUCAUCGCUCAGUCACAGCAAGGACAGAUGCUGCAAGGUGCCACCAUGCAGCAGUUACAGCAAGUGCAGGUGCAGUCACAGGGCACACCUAUCACGAGUGCACCUGUAGCAAUGCAGGUGAGUGAGGGCCAACAGGUACAGAUUGUCCAAGCUGCCCAGGGCCAAGCUCAGACAGCUCAAGCCCAAGGCCAAACCAUGCAGGUCAUGCAGCAGAUCAUCACCAACACAGGAGAGAUCCAACAAAUUCCGGUGCAACUAAACACAGGACAGCUACAAUACAUCCGUCUAGCUCAGCCUGUGUCUGGAGCACAAGUGGUCCAAGGACAGAUUCAGACUCUCGCCAACACCCAGCAGAUCACACAGGCAGAGGUACAACAAGGACAGCAGCAGUUCAACCAGUUUACUGAUGGACAGCAGUUGUAUCAGAUCCAGCAGGUGACAAUGCCAGCAGGACAGGAGCUGACCCAACCGAUGUUCAUUCAGUCCACCAACCAGACAGCCGACGCACAGGUCACGCAGGUCAGCACCGAAUGAGCCAACCAGGAACCGCUUUCUCUACACACAGCACGCACACCAGCCCAUGUGAUGCUGGCAGAUGCCACCGACUUCAACACAGGACGCUUGAUAAACCUGAGCCUAAGCACUGCUCAUGUAGACGGGGGACCUGAAAACUUGUAACACUUAUUUGAAUGACUCUCAAAAUUUCCUGUUAAGUUUCAUCCAUGCUUAGACACUUCUGACUUUUUCUACUUCUGUCACCCACAUCUGUAGAGAAAAUACAAAUCCACUGCCACAGACCAACUCUAUUUAUCAUCUCAUGUCUGAACUUGGAAUUUUUUUUUUCAAACGUAUUCGGAGAUGAAUUGGGAAAGUCUCUGUCUACAUGACCUGCUCCUGGCAUAACUGUGGCUGAAGGAAGCCAUGGGAUUCUUCAACUCCUGCUUUCCUUUUGGAAAAAACCAUACUCUUGUUAUUGUUUUCUAUGUAGUUAAAUGGAUAAAAUGAAGCCAUAUACCUCAGAAAUCACUUUUUACAGCAAGUCAAUCUAAGAGAUCUCAAGAAGAGGUUUUAAAGUUCAAUGAUAAAUUCAUGUAGUUUCUCUUUUGUGUUGUUUUCCACAUUGACGAUGAAGCAUGACUUUAUGUUUUAAGGGCUUCACUUAACGUCUGUAUAGGUUAACUGUGUAUGUGAGGGUGUGUGUGUUUGUAUUUCAGGCACACACACUACUGUCAUCUUUAUUCUUCCUUCCAUUCACUCUUUCUUCACCUCUGUCUUUAAAGCGGGGAAUCUUUUCUCUUCCUUUAUGCAGUUUCGCACAACCCUCUCUGGUGUUUUUGGAGUCUUGUUCCCUAGUUUAAGUCUCACGUACACACACACACGACUCCGUCUGGAGCAAAAACAAACACCCUUUUUAUAGAACUCCCUUUUUUCUGAAUACAAGUGUUUUUCUUUUGGUUUUGAGAUGUUUUGCCUCUUAUCUUCCCCAUCAUUUUUUGUACAGUAAUGAUUAUUAUCAAUGUUCUUAUUAUUGUUUUGCAUGUAGUUCAAACUGCCAGCAUGACAUGCAAUAGAUAGGUACAAUUUUAUUUUUGAC